GGCGGUCCCCCCCCCCGAACACGUUCAAGUUUUCUCCGCCCAGCGGGGACAGUCAGAGUCCCAAACCGAACGACUUUUUGCUUUACGAUCAUUCAAAAUGGAAAAGAAGUUUUGCGCUUUUGGUCUUUGUUGAGCAAAAGCAUAAAACGAAAAUAAUAUACAGCACACCGUCUCCAAAAUGUGAACGUUGAACCAAACUAGGCUAUUCGGCCUUAACGAGAACAAAUUUCGUUUGUGUGACAAAUACAUGUUUUGUUUUGUUUUGGUUUUGCAUUGCAGCUGUCGAUCAGUUGAGUGCGAUGGCAAACGGCCGCCACACACAGUCGGCAAAGUUUUGCCGUCGUCAGUAAGGGAACGACCCUCGGUCCGUUUUUUGUGCCCCACGCAGAGGGGGCGGAGUCAGUCCAGUCCCCGGAGAGACAAAGACAGGGACACGUCGGGCAGGAGACAUCCACAAGGACGGAACCGAAGCGAAUCCUGGUCCUUGCGACUUGGCACACCUUCACUUUGGCUCACUCCGCUCGAGACUCAACUGGACUGGAGAGACGCGCGAUAGACACGUGAGCCUGUUGCGACGCGACCUUCUCCGAGCCGGGUCGCGAGUGUUCCACGGCAACAUCCGCAGCUUUCGUGCGCGUUGCACUUUCUCAACCGCUGCGAGCUGUGGAUUUUGGCGCAGGGAUGACUUCCUGUGUGUGGCCCCGCCUCUUCCUGUUUGUCUGCGCACUGACGUCAGUCGCGGCGACCAAAGAACCGGCCGGAUGCAAGAUCCGCUUCACGGCCAGAGGCCUGGACAUGCUGAAAUGGGAGACUCUGAAGUUUGUGGAGGAAGAGCUGAGUAACAUCAGCAUGCCGGAGAUGAGCGGCAAGGAGGGAAGCUUCCAGUACACCAUCACCGACGUGAAGAUCACGGAGCUGAACCUGACCCACGCCGACUUGAGCUUCCUGCCCGACGAGGGUCUGAUGUUGGACAUCCAGAACUCGUCCAUCGCGCUGAGCUUCCGCAGACGGCUCCUGUACUGGUUCUUGUCCGACACGGGAGACAUCGAGGCGUCGGCCGACGGCGUCGACGUCAACACGGGUCUGGGGCUGGGCCGGGACCCUCUCGGGCGCCUCCGGAUCAACGACGUCACCUGCCGUACCAAAAUCGCCAAGAUGAGGACCAAGUUCGGCGGCACGCUCGGGAAGGUUUACGACUUCUUGGCCAAGUUCCUCACCACCGGCAUGCGCUUCCUCCUCAACAAGCGGAUCUGUCCGGCCUUGCGGCACGCGGCUCUCGCGGACGUCAACUCCAUGCUGGAGACCAUCCCGGUGAGGACGGAGGUGGACAGCUACAUCGGGAUCGAUUAUUCCCUGACCGAGGACCCGCUGGUGACGUCUCGAAGCCUGGACAUGAACUUCCGGGGAAUGUUCUUCCACCUGGCGGACGAGCGCGACACGUUGGUCAACUCGGCGGCGGAACCGCUCAUCCGAGACUACGAGCGCAUGGUCUACUUGGCGCUGUCCGAGUACUUCUUCGACAGCGGCUUGUUCUCCUACUACAAGGCGGGAAUCUUCCAGAUGAACCUCACCAACGACAACAUGCCCAAAGACCUGGAGAUGCUGCUGAGGACCACGUACUUCGGGACCAUCAUGAUGCUGAAUCCGGCGCUGAUGGACUCGCCCGUGUCGCUGGAACUGGCCGUCAACGCCCCGCCCGCGACCACCAUCAGGACGUCCGGCGCCAGCGUCGUCAUGACGGCCGUCGCCGAGGUGGCGAUGACGCCGGCCGGCCGACCGCCGGUGCGGCUCAGCACCUUGACCUUGGAAGGCAAAUUUAACGCCAAAGUUUCCAUCCGAGAAAAACGUCUGUCGGUGCUGGCGGACCUGCGCAGGUUUAAAAUCUUCUCCAACCGGUCGGCGCUGGAAUCUCUGGCGCUGAUUCCGCUGCAGGCGCCGCUGAAGACGAUGUUGCAGAUGUCGGUGGUCCCCCUGAUCAACAACUGGACCAAGCGAGGCGUUCGCAUCCCCCUGGCCGACGGGAUGGAGCUCGUCGAGGACGUGGUGGAGUACCACGACGGUUUCAUCGUGAUCGGGGCCAACCUUCGCUUCAGCAAAGGCCUGAGGGAGAUGGCGGCGGCGGCGGCGGCCCCGCAAUAAACGCAGACGGACAUUUCCCAGCGUGACGGCUCUUUAUUGGUCACGUGACGACGGCGUCAAUAAAGCCUUUUGGAGCCCUGGCUUGUCAGA